UGCUAAAAUUUAGCUUAAAAUGUAGCUAAAUUGAGUAUAAUAAAAGUCAAAGCAACAGUUAAAUGAUUUAAAUUGUAUUAAAAAAUUACAAAUAUAAAUAGCACAUUAUUCCCCAUCAAGCUGAACAUUUUGAUAACUGAAAACAGAAGAAGUCCUAAAUAAACCAUUAAAUCUGCCCAUGUUCAUCAUAACUGAUGUUUUUUUUUCAGUCUGACAGCAUGAAGCCAACAAACAAGCCUCCUGCUGAAACUGGUAAAAGAUUUGCACCAAAAUACAUCAAAUCAUUUAAAGUCAGCUUUAAUACCUGCAGAAGUUAUGAAAGUAAUUUUUGUUAAGAUUCUGUCUUGAAUGUGACAUCAGGUCUGGAAUGCUUCGAGCUGCAACACGUUGUGAUUUCAGAAGUGUGGCAGGGAAAAGUGCUUGUUGUUUUCAUGUCCCAGCUCAGACGUUUACACGGUCCACUUGGUUUUUGUGUUUCAUAACUCUGUAACUGUUUGGCCCCGGUGCGCUCCCGGUGCCCCGGCCUGUCGCUUGUGCUCCAUCAGAGGCCCCACUGUCCCGGUCGGGGGCCGCACUAACGAGCUCCUCCUCCUUGUUUUGGAGAUUUACACCCUGGGCGCACUGACCGCGGCUGACGCCAGAAGGUAUCGGGGUCAUGAGCUCCUUAAACGCACAUCACUGGUGACUGAACUCACUGCUUCAAUUAGACAGGGAGAUGGUCUGGGCUGAUCAGCUGGACAAAUCACCUCAAAAGAUAAGAGGAACAGCUCACUUUAAGUUAUUUCARUGUUCAAGUUGACGUGAUUAAUUUGUAAUUUCUGCCUUUUAGCACAAAGACCUGGAAGCUGUCCCUGAUGACUGUCACCUACACGGCCCGAGUGGCCAACGCCCGCUUCUGCGGCUUCUCCAAACUGCUGCUGGCCUGGAAAGGAAGCAUCUACAAAGUCCUGUACAAAGAGUUCCUGGCCUUUUUUGCCAUGUAUGCAUCGAUCAGCAUCACUUACAGAUUUCUCCUUUUUGAUGACCAGAAAAGAUACUUUGAAAAGCUGGCAAUUUAUUGCAACCAUUAUGCCAGCCUCAUCCCCAUGUCCUUCGUCCUGGGUUUCUACGUGACCCUGGUGGUGAACCGCUGGUGGAGUCAGUACACCAGCAUCCCUCUGCCCGACAGCCUCAUGUGCGUUCUGUCGGGGAGCCUGCAGGGCGCGGACGAGCGGGGACGCCUGCUGAGACGCACCAUGAUGCGCUACGCCAGCCUGUCGGCCCUGCUCAUCCUGCGCUCCGUCAGCACGGCCGUCUUCAAACGCUUCCCCACCGUGGACCACGUGGUGGAGGCUGGAUUCAUGACGAGAGAGGAACGGAAGAAAUUCGAGGGUCUCCACUCUGCUUACAACAAAUACUGGAUCCCGUGUGUUUGGUUCACCAACCUGGCUGCUGCUGCUCGCUGCGAGGGAAGAAUCAAAGAUGACCAUACGCUCAAACUGCUGCUGGAGGUUGUCACGUUAGCAGUGUACAGUUUCUUCCUGGUGUGCCUGAUCGGUCGUCAGUUCCUGGAUCCGGGUCAGGGCUACCCGGGUCAUGAUCUGGACCUGUACGUUCCCAUCUUCACCCUGCUGCAGUUCUUCUUCUACGCCGGGUGGCUGAAGGUCGCGGAGCAGCUGAUCAACCCGUUUGGAGAAGACGACGACGACUUCGAGACAAACUGGUUGAUUGACAGAAACUUCCAGGUGUCCAUGAUGGCGGUGGAUGAGAUGUACGGAGACGUGCCGAUGAUGGAGAGAGACCGUUACUGGAACGACUCCAAUCCUCGACCUCCCUACACAGCAGCCACGCUGUUCGUCCUCCGGAAGCCCUCCUUCCAGGGCUCCACUUUCGACAUGACGAUCCCAAAGGAAGAGAUGCACUUCCAGCCUCUGGAGGACAUUGCUGAGAACAUGGAGGAACCAGGUACCCGCCAUCCCAACAUGGCCCUGUUCAACCGCCUCCUCAACGCCGCGCCGUCCCCGACCGGCUUCAUGGGAGGAGCCUUCCGCCGUGCCUCGGCUCAGAUCCAGAGGCUACGCCCCUCCCCCAGCUURGACCCGUGCACCAGCGACGAUGAGGAGGAAGAGGAGGAGGAAGAGAAAAGCUGUAAGAUAGGAAAAGGGGGGUCCUUGCCAUCAGGGCUGGGCCAGGACACCCAAAGCACCGUGUGCAGCUUCAGGGAGGAGAAGAGCACCAGAACACCUCUGCUGGAUAUUCACUUUGGGGAGGAGGAGCKUGGAGAGAGCAAAGGGGAAGAGCAGAUGAACGGAGAGGAGGAAGGGGAGACCUCUACAACUGCGGUGUCGCUCCUUCCUCCUCCACCUCAGUCCUCCAGAGAGCCGGCAGCUCGACCGGCCUCCGUGUUUUACCCCGUCAGCCCCUACAGUCUGGAGCACUGCAGCUCCCAGCCGGCCAUCAGUCACCACAGGCUCCUGCCCACCAUCCCCAAACCACCAUACGGUGGGACCAAGAAGUCCCUCCUCACCGUGCCGUCUCACAACGAGCCGCAGCGCUUUCGCAGCGUGAGCAUGGGCUCUGAGUUCACAGGCUCUUCUGACGUUCCCUCGAAUUUCUAACUUUACAAAACUUUGACUUUUAUUUCAGUAAAACCAGCCACUGAAACGAGACAUUUUGCACUCCAUCGCACCUUUAAAACCAUUUUAAAAAGAUAAUAAUUUUAGCGUCACACGCUUCAUGAGUUUGUAUGUUUAAAGAUUUAGAAAUAAUUUAUUUUACUGUGGGAGCUGCUAGUAAACAGAAAAGUUGUGAAUGCUGAGUUGUAAAUAAUUCUGCUGAAGUUGGCUAAAGAAGCUGAAACUA